AUGCAAAAAUCAAUCACUGAAGAUCCAUUCGACAAGGAAGGUGUUUUGCAUCACUUGUUGCAACAGUGUUCCCGAGAAGCUCUUUGUGCGUGCUCACAAGAGUCCCUCAAUUUCUUAGCAAAGCUUUUCAGACAACAGCACCCGCAACGUAUUCUUGUUGAUCCUUCUGAAAAUGUAGAGGCUUUUCUGGAUACCUUGUUAGAGCAUGGUUUUUGCGUUCAAGCUGCAACUGGUAAUGAUGAUGGAAAUUUUCAAGAAGAAUUGGAAAGAGUUGUAGGAGUGUAUAAGGAAACGUUUGAAACACAGGAAAUGAUUGAAACGGUUGAGUCCAGUUACUUGCUGUUCCCUCAGAGACAUGAUCGUUUAGAAGAAGAUACCUUUCAGGUCAUUACAGAUCUCUAUCAUCAUGCUUUGAAUCAGAGUGGUGCCGUUCGUCCAACCAUUCGUCUAUGCAAAAAACGAGAAGGCUUUUCUGCUCAGCUCUGUCGCAGAUUAAAAAUGUAUGACGAAUUUCUUCGUCGUUUGCACGUGAUGGAGAACAGACUGUCAUCCACAACCUCAAGAAUAGAAGCCACUCAAGCAGCUCUUGAAACUACACAAUCAACCCUCGGAACCACUCAAGCAGCUCUUGCAACCACCCAAGCAGCUCUUGAAACCACCCAAGCAGCUCUUGAAACCACCCAAGCAGCUCUUGCAACCACUCAACAAAGAGUAAAGCAACUGGAGAGAAUCGUGGGUAGGGUAAAAUCGCUUGUUGAUGAAGUUGAUGUCAAUAAUGCAAUCAAUAACAACAAUUAG